UCGAUCCUUGAGUCCGCCGCCGAUGGCAACAGCCUUGUCAUUGCCCUCAACGAUGUCCAUCCUCAUUGACUUCCUUGUACUUAGCAACGAUAUAGCAUGAGCUUUUGCUUCCAGGAUCCUAGUCACACUUCCAACGCUCUACCUCCUUUACGAUCUGCUGGUCACCAGCCAGAAUGCAACCUGGUGACAUUGAGCCAUACUACCACCAGUAUCGUGAAGAGCGCAGAACUCACAAAGGACGCCACCUCAAGCUCAGCGUAGUGGGCCGCAAACGAGGGACGCACAACUUGCGAGAGUAUGUGCGACGGGCUGAGUUGCCGGUGAUGGAUAUGGGUCCGAAUAUAGCGAAGAUGCCGCCGCCAGACCGCAGAAGCCAUGCGAUCCACUUGUCUGUUGGGUUCACCCUCUGGCGCAUACUGCAAUAUAUGGAGCCUUUGUUUCCUGAAGAACUGAGCGACGAUGUCUUAUCAUUCAUAGCUACAUAUAUGCCCGCGGAACCUGUCAUAAUUCCUGAACCAGACUACAUCACAGGCGAAUGGCUCUCGGUACCAUGCAAGCCUUAUCAGACCGGAACAGUACUCCUUGGCCAAGGCGUCGAUAAUGACGCAGUUCGCCACUGGGCUGUACAAUAUCCUCUUGCGACCGCUCAAAGACUCCUUCAUUUUGCCUUUCCUGAGACCAGGUGCUGGGCAUUUCAACCUGACACCGCUCGCGACCCGGACGAGGAGAUUGUAUCAUUUUACACUUGGGAGGCGAGGAAUCGGCAGAAGCAGGUGUUGAAUACGACUCUCGCUGUGAUGAUUAUGCCUCCAUGGAUAGCGCCUCCCGCCGACCUCGCGGCGAUGACCAAAUGUCGAAAGCUCCACCGCCGUCGGUUCCCGGAAGAUUCUGACCCCCGGUGGAAAGCUUGUGAACGUCUGUGGGCGAAGAUUUGGGACCUCUGUACUCGCAGGGGAUGCCGCUGGUUCGUGAUUACUUCCUACAACACAUGGGCCUUUGGGGCAUUCUCUCCCGGCCGUACGAGGGGUUUCAUAUCGGACCCGAGGUCGUUCCGCCAGCGCGAGCCCAAUGUGCUGGGAACGCUGACUUACUGGCUUGCUUCGUCCAUGGAUCUACCCGGCGCCUUUACACUCCCCAAUGUAGUUGAGUUGGUGUCGGAAGUCUCGCAAGACCUCGAGAUACCACCAUUCCCAUAUGACCGUUUCCCCGAACCGCCUCGAUCAGAGUCGGAUUGGUCCGUCAAUGACGACGUUGACCGGGAAGUAGAAGAGGCAGAAGUCUCCACCCUCCUUGGCAUGGCUAUUUCGGCGACUAGUAUCGAGGAACCCGUCCCCCCGUCGUUGCCGGACGCAACACCAGCUCAAACGCUCAUGCAAAAGGUUUCGGCAUGGCAAGAGCAUCUCCCUCGAACCUACGACGCAAUGUCUGAAGCAGCAUUCUCGGCGCAUACGGUAUCUUCCGCUGCUACAUCUAUGCGUUCCGAUGACUUCGAACAUCUCUACCCAUCGAGAACGAACGAUUGGGUUACGGUUCCGCUGGGACAGAGUGUCACAAAAAUGGCAGCCCGCUAG